AUGCGGGCGGUGAAGUUUCUUGUCAAACUUUACGAUAUGCGACCAGAGCAUGGGAAUAUAACUGCAUUUGAGAAUUAUGCUAAUCAUGUAUAUGUGGGCACCAACACAGGUUGCUUGCUUUACCUUCAGGUAGAAGGGCUGAUGGAAUACGAUAUGCGGUCGGCAGAUAAUGUGUGUUAUAGUAAUGGGAAUGGUGUUAACCCUCACUCAACUUCCACAAACACAUCACUCACUGAGUUGGAUGAUGACAAGCUCGCUAAGGAGGAGGAGGAGGACGUUGCUAAUGACAUAGCUCCAGAGGCAAUCUACACGAGCCUCUUGGCGUUCACACGCUUCCCUGAAACGGCUUCGAUACCCAUUACACAUAUUCAACAUAGUCAGAGCCAUCCAAUCAUUUUUGCCUUAAGCAAUCAGCAUCUCUGUGCCUUCAAUGCGCUAGACUUAACCUACCUGUUUGAUGUUCCAGGUAGCAUUGGAACCUUUUUCAUUUAUCCCCUCGGACCGAAUAACACUGAGGCUCCCUUCGAGACGUUGCAGUCUCUGACUCGCAUCUAUGGUGCAAAGUCAGCACCCCCAGUUGAGUGUCCGACCGAGGAAGCAGCAACGCAUGUCAUUUGUGCCGCACAGCACUCCGGCAAGAGUCUUUUUGCUUUUGAGGUUAACCUUAAUCAGAAUAAAAACAGCCGAGCGGUGCUCAAGCAGGAACUGCUACUUCCGGAGCCUGCUCUCGCACUGGUGGCUCAGGCUGGUGUCGUGUGUGUCGGCAUGCGCCGGGAGUACAGCGUGCUUUCCCUAGACAACGGUUUAUCAAAGGGGCUCCUGAGCCUGCACGGGACUUCGCACUCCCCUUUGCUAGCUUUUGGUGAGGGUGGUGGUGUGUACAUGCGUUAUCGUCACUGUGUUUUUACCACAUCAAUGCAAAGCAUGCUAACUACGAGUACCCCUUAUUCCAUACCUACCACAUCUGCGUCGGCAUUCUCUCAGCCAGUCGGAGCUCUACCAACAACGUCCAUUGGCACCCCUUUGCAAGGUCGCGUGUACUAUCUCAGAGACGAGGUGCGGGCUAUCGUUUCGCAAUUUCCGUUCUUUUUUGCCUUCUACAAGGAUUAUUGUGAUGUAUUUUCCGUUUUUGAGGAGGAGCCGAUUGAGAGCUUGCCGCUGCCAGGUGUUUGUUUUGCCCCUAAGCCCAUACACGGACGGAGGGUGUUUAUGGCAGGAGCACGCACACUGUGGAUGGCUACAUUACAGGGUAUUAGAUACCAGCUUACGGCGAUGGUUGAGCGGUUUAAAAUUGAAGAGGCUUUUGAGCUUCUGACGGCUUACCAGAGGAGUACUCACAGCUCUCAACGAGGUCUUGAGGAGGAGUUGAAGAGAAGGGCGGGAAUCGCGUGCCUAAAACGUGCCCGACCACAUAUAGCGAUGAAGUAUUUUGGUGAAACUAUCAACCCAAGGGAGUUGGCGAUGCAUCUGCCCGAGUGCGCAUCUCUGCCUGAACCGCGGCAGCAACGAUAUUUAAAGGCCCAACAUACCCCUUUGCAGUGCAUCUCACCGAUGGUUGAGAUGCAUGACGAGAUUGUGGAGGAGGGGUUUGCUCUGCCAGGACUCACUGCUUCAUCACUUUCCUUGAAGAUAGAUGCCCAAGACCGAGAAGGCAGAGUUGACACCUCCAUCACCAGCGGAGCUAGGGGAAGCUAUCAGAAAAUGCCAGCCAGGCCUACGUGCAAUGACUGGUGCCAGUGCUCGUCUUGGAACCUACCUGUUGGAGGUCUUGAGCAGGCGUGGUUCGAGACUUAUGAGACCUUUCCUUUUAUACCCUUAGAUGUUCCAGCCUCGUCCUACCACGUCUACCCGCAUAGCUCUACGGGCUAUGGAGAGCGGCAAGCGUCACAAGGGCAAAAUUUAUCUUUAGCUGAGGAAGAGGCCAAUAAUAAGAACACUUGUGGACAGGCUAUGAAAGCAGGUGGUGGUGUUCGUUUGUCGUCGCAACCUUUGCAUGCCAUCACACGUCAGGUGCCUAACAUGGGAUGCGUUACUGCGCAAGAGUUUACAGCUCGAUGCUUGCAGGACUUUCGAGACGCCAUCCUCGAAUACUUUUCUUUUCGUCUAGCAAAACUAUGGAAAGAGGUGGCAGGUACUCCAGCCACCGGGGCAAGCGGCGCCGAUGGAACGAAUGCGAAUAACUUAAGAGAAAUAUGUGACGAAAAACUUUCUGCAGCACAAGUAAUGGAGUACGUGCUUCUAGUGUUAGCACUGAAUCAGCAAGACGACCGUGGUGUUUACCGCGUCAUUUCCACUAGCAUUGGCCUUCAAGUUGAGGACUGCUAUGAUUUGCUUGUGGGGCUAGGGGAAUACAGAAUUCUUAGUUGCCUACUAUUUCGUCGGGGCUUCGUGCGUGAUGCACUUGCGUUGCUACGUUCACGAGUUUAUGUCUCAAGUUACUUCUCCCCAAGACUGUUAUCGGUGGAAUCGCAUUUCUUGAGCCAUCAAACUGAGACAUGCAAUGGCAAUGUUAAGCGGGGCGACGUUAAUUAUUGGAUUGAUCUCCUUUUAAAAUACUGGCAAGAGCGGCGCUACAUCACCAAUGAUUCCCCAGGUGAACUCAAGGGGGGCAAUGGGAGUAACGGGGCGCAGUAUUUGGAUGUUGAGGAGCGGGAAAGGGAAGCAAAUUUCAUGUCCACUUUAGCCCCUGUGGCUUGUGGGGUGUGGUGUCUUCCACGUGUGAUACGUGGGCAGCUUCUGUCUCGUUUGCUGGGCAUCACAAUACCAUCUGUGGAAAAAUCAGAGAUGACUCCUAGCAUACAUAGCAUUGCCGCCGAAGUCGUUUCCCGUGAUUUACAAAGUACCGAAUAUCACAAGGCUGACACCGACGUGGCUGCAAUGCCAUCUGCAGAUGGUAGCGAUAGUUGGGCCCGCCCUUUGGCUGAAUUCUAUGUCAAUGGAAUACAAGAGAUGGCGAGGCAAGCUAAAUCUAUUCGGUAUGAUGAAAAGGUAUGGGGGGGGGCUCCAACUUCUGUCGACGUGGUAGGUGCUUCACCGGAAGUCAUUUCAAUAGUAGGGCCUCUAGAGUUGGCUUGCAAUUUUGACAUGAGUUCAGAAGAUACAUCAGAUGCGUUCCACUACGUUUGUGAGGGUAAUCAUGCUGAUACGAGUCGCACCGCCAAUAGAACGUUGGUGGCACCGAACUCCUUGAGUGAGAUAUUUUUUUUGGUGGACAAGAUGAACUUGUCUGCACUCAAGGAUUUCCUUUCUAUGAACCCCAAGCACGCCCUGUGCCGCGAUGAAGAAGGUUGCACCGCACUCCAUGUUGCCUUUGGUCAAGUAAUGCGACGUCUCAAGUGCACAAUCGCCGAUCCCAAACCCUCAAAUUUGCACGUCGACAUCGAGAGCUCAAGCCCUCUGCCAUUUGACGAUGCUGCCGUGCAUGGGAACGUCGGAGGCUUACCGAACCAGGAGGACGACAGGGUUGCUCUCUUGGAGCUGUUGUUGUCAAUAGCACUACUCUUGGUGAAUUUUGGCUGCCCAACCGCCGCUAUCAACCGCUAUGGCAUGAGUUGUCUGGACAUCCUUGCGGUGUCUGGUGCCGAGGUGUACGUGGAGAUUAUGGCGUCUGCACUUGCAGCAGCGCUAGAGCUCAACAUGGUUUGCGCACCCCCCACUGGACUGUAA